CAGUCCUAAAGCGAGCGGCGACUCCCUCCGGAGGCUCCCCGCUGAGGCUCCCGCCUCCGCCCCGAAGCUGCCUCUCCGGCUGCCCAAGGCAGCGCGGAGAAGCCCCGUCCUGUCCUUCCUGCCCCGUGCGCUCCGCGCUGCCCCCGCGCCCCGCGUGGUGCGGUCCGGGUGGCCGGUCACGCUGCGGCAGGGGCGCGGCCAGCCCUAAGUUAAGGAGGUGCCGCGGAGGCCUCCGUGGGUUACCCCGGCAGCGGCGGCGGCUUUCGCACGAUGCUGGUCCUCAGUCGCCUAACGCUGGUGCUCCUGGCCGUCGGCUCGUGGGCGCAGUACGCGCCGCCGUGGACAGAAGACUGCAGAAAGUCAACCUACCCCCCUUCUGGACCAACCUACAGGGGUCCAGUUCCAUGGUACACCAUAAAUCUUGAUUUACCACCCUACAAAAGAUGGCAUGAAUUGAUGGCAGAAAAGGCAUCAGCGGUGAAGGUUAUAGUGAAUUCUGUGAAGAAUCUAGUAAAUGCAUUUGUGCCAAGUGGAAAAAUUAUUCAGAUAGUGGAUCAAAAGUUGCCUGGUCUUCUCAGCAACUUUCCGGGCCCUUACGCGGAGGAAAUGAAGGGGAUUGCGGCUGUUACCAACAUACCCUUAGGAGAGAUAAUUUCAUACAAUAUUUUCUACGAACUUUUUACCCUUUGUACUUCAAUAAUAGCAGAAGACAAAGCAGGUCAUCUCCUACAUGGGCGUAACAUGGACUUUGGAGUGUUUCUGGGGUGGAAUACAAAUAAUAAUACCUGGGUCAUAACCGAGGACCUAAAACCUUUAACAGUGAACUUGGACUUCCAAAGGAACAAUAAAACUGUCUUCAAGGGCACAAGCUUCGCUGGCUACGUGGGCGUGCUGACAGGACUCAAACCAGGACUGUUCAGUCUUUCACUGAACGAGCGCUUCAGCCUCAGCGGCGGCUAUGUGGGUGUCCUGGAGUGGAUUUUGGGGAAGAAGGAUGCCAUGUGGAUAGGAUAUAUCACUAGAUCAGUUCUGGAAAACAGCACAAGUUAUGAAGCAGCCAAGAAUAUACUGACCAAAACCAAGAUAUUGGCCCCAGCAUACUUUAUCCUGGGAGGCAACAAGUCUGGGGAGGGUUGUGUGAUUACACGAGACAGAAAACAAUCUUUGGAUGUAUAUGAACUUGACCCCAAGCACGGUAGAUGGUAUGUGGAAGAAACAAAUUACGACCGCUGGAGAAAUCCCCCGUUCCUUGAUGAUCGUAGGACAGCUAUAAAGACGUGUCUAAACCAGGCAACCCAAGAGAAUAUCUCAUUUGCAACCAUGUAUGAUGUCCUGUCAACAAAACCCAUCCUCAACAAGCUGUCAGUGUUCACCACCUUGAUAGACGUCACCAAAGAUCAAUUUGAAACUUACCUGCGGGACUGCCCAGAUCCUUGUAUAGGCUGGUAAGGGGCCCCACUGGCCUGGAGGAGGCACCGUCCACGAGGUGGGGGCUCCCACGUGGCGACCAGCGCAGCAUCGGACCUCCUUGCAAGCCCAGGACUCCGGGCAGAUUCUCUUGAGGCACAAGCUUGUCCUCUUGAGCGUGUUCAUAAUUCAUAGGCUCUUUUUUGCCGUAACAGUUGUUUUUACUUACCACUAACUUAAAGCAAGUGCAGCAGUCGUGGAAUUUGCUGGGGCUCAUUUCACACGGACGUUUGGGUUAGGGGUGGGCAGUUCAUCCCCGUGGGAAAAUGCAGGGUUCUGAACCCCGUCCUCUGCAGGAGUAAUACAUCGUCCACAUUAUCCAGUAUUUCACUUUUAUCCACAUAUUUGUUUUCUGUAGUUUUCCUCCUGGUUCUAACUAUUAAAAUUAAUGUCUUUGCUGUUUGUUGGCAGCAAUGUAAUGUCACUAAUAUUAACUGGAAGGGGACAAGGCAGAUUCAUUUCUCUUAAUGGGCAAUCCAUGAGUCUUGGACUCUGAAAAGGAGUAUUUUGUGGGCUUAUGAAGUAUGCAAGGCAGUCUCUUCUAUACAGAAUUCUAAUGUUCCCUUUCUCAUAAUCACUGUUUCUCCUUGAACACCAGGAAGUUAACUUUAAAAACUGAGUCUCGGGUCUGUGAAUUAACUGUAUAUUAAAGCAGGCGAUAAACUUGUGUGGAAAAUGAGGUGAACCCAUUAUUUUAACUCUCAUAAGUAUCAUUCAAUUUCGUCUUUCUGAUCAAAUAUACAUUGUUUUAAAAUUUA